AUGUUUACUUGUAACACAUGUAAUUUACAGUUCCCAGAGUCAGAGGACCAAAGAGUACACAUGAAAUCAGAGUGGCACCGUUAUAACUUGAAAAGAAAAGUAGCACAAUUACCACCAAUAACAGAGGAAUUAUUUAAUAAUAAGGUUGCAACAUUACAAUCACCAAAUGAUUCUACUAAAGAAAAACAAAUAACGAAAAAGGAACAAAGAAGGAAAGAAAAAGAAGCUAUAUUGGAGAAAAAGAAGGCAAUAUUAGAACAAGCUAAAAGGGCAAUGAUGGCUGAAAGGUUGGCAAAUCAACAAAAUGGUCAAUCUAUAGAAAGUACGACACCAAUAGAACAAGAUGAAUUAACACAACCUAAAGAAGUUUCGGAAACUAUCGAAGAACCAACAACAGAAGAAACUCCAACUCCAGAAUUAACACAAGAACAAGAAGAAGAAAAACAAUUACAACAAAAAUUAUUAAAUAAACUUGAAAUACCGCCAACAACUUGUUUAUUCUCACAUCCAAAAUACAAACACGAAUUUAAUACGGUCGACGAAAACAUAGACCAUAUGUUCAAACAACAUGGAUUAUAUAUACCAGAAACAAAUUAUCUUAUAGAUAAAACAGGUCUUAUUGAAUAUUUAGCAGAAAAAAUUGGAUUUGGAUUUUGUUUAUCAUGUAAUUAUCAAGGUAGGAAUGCAGAAGCUGCAAGAGAACAUAUGCAAACUAAAAGACAUAUGAGAAUUCCAUAUGAGACAGAAGAUGAAAAAUUGGAGAUUUCUAAAUUUUAUGAUUUCUCAUCUACCUAUGAUGAUAAUGAUGAUGUAAUUGUUGAUGGAGAAGUUGAAGAGGGUGAAGAAGAUUGGGAAGAUGUAAGUGAUGAAGAUGGAGAAGAGUUUGACUCUGAUGAAGAAUUACCUACCUCCAACAAGGAUGACAUAUAUCAAAACGGUAAUGAAUUAAUACUUCCUUCAGGAGCUGUAGUAGGUCAUAGAUCAAAUGCAAGAUAUUAUAGACAAAACUUAGCACCUGAAAGAAUUUUAUCUGAAGGUCAAGGUACUGUUAUAGCUGCGGAAACAAGACAUAUGUUAACAUUACAAGAUAGAAAACAUUUAGCCGAAAAGAAAAGAAAAUGGAGAAGUGAAAAGAAAAGAGAAGAUAUUAAUGAUAGAAGAGCUGCUAAAUUUAUUAAUAAUCAACCACAUUAUAGAGAUCAAUUAUUACAAUAG